GAGACAUUUUCAUUAAUCUACAAUCCACAGAAUUAUUAAUCAAUCUUCGUAAGAAGGGAAAGACUUCCAGAGCACAGGUGAAAUGCCCUCACACGACUGGAAGACGAGGUGCUGCUAGGACAUUAGAGAAAAUGCGAAAAGAAAAUCCAAAUACUAUCAUCACCAGGACCGACUUGUUUGUUGCCACUCAUAGCAAAUCUGAUGGGUCUUACCCAGCACAAACACAUCUUGAAACAGCGGAAAGAAUAUUAUCGAUAGCUGGCAGUGAUCCUUCCAGUAAGCACAAGGAUUUAGACCACGACCCAGUUUCACAGGUUUGUGGUUGUGAUAGCAGAGGCCGGGUUAGGGGCAUGGGUUUAGGUAUUUCUAAGACUACUAUGAAGGUUGCCACCCCCUAUAUCAUAGAAGCUCGGUUGGAGAGGAAUGCACGUAUGUCCAUUGAGGCUAAAUUUGAAGCAUCAAUGACUCAAAUGCAAGAAUUUCGUACGAUUGUUGAGCAACAAUUUGCUGAACUUAGGCAACAAAUUACUUAUCAAAGCCAACAACUACUUCACCGCUCCCCUGAUACAGCUGCAUCUCAGGCCCACCGUCGAUCUAGUGAGCCUUCAAGUAUUCGAGAAGACUUUGCAACAACUCCAUCGAUGGAACAAAUUUGUCAAUUGAGAGAUAUCCGUGGUCGGACUGUUGCUAGUGGGCGGAUGGUGUCAGAUACUACAGGCAUCCCUCCAGAAUGCAUCAGAGUUGUAAUAGAUAAUAUCAAUGUUCGCACAGCAGAGUUGUUUAAUGAUGACAGGACAUUUGAAGAUAUUUAA